AUGGAAUACUAUCAAUACUCUGAGAAAAAUGACAAUGUUACACCUUCUCUUGUGUCAUAUUCUCAAUUGCCAGAAGGUGUCAAACAGCAUGUAUUUGUCACACAUGACAAAAGUACAUUCUAUGCUAAUGACUAUCAAAAGUACGCCUGGGUGGAAGAUGGUGAAAGUUAUUGUUUGCCAAAGUCUGAGAGUAGAUCAAUAAUGAUCUUCGGGUUCCAAUGCCCUUGUCAUGGAACAAUGAGAGAAUAUGUAAGAGACCAGUACAAAACUUUGCAAGUGGUAUUUUAUCCUGGAGCUCAAUAUGAAGGCUAUUGGAAAAGUAGUCAUAUGUGCGUCCAGCUUACAGAUAUAAUACCUCUUUUCAAUGCCAUACACCCAAAUGCAGUAGCUGUCUUUCUUUUUGAUCAAGGCAGCCAUCAUAAAACCUAUCCUGAAGACGCUCUUUUGGCACAAAAUAUGAACUUGUGUGCAAUUGAAGUAAAAGACAGUGACUCAGGCCAGGGAAAAUUUCGUGACAGCUCAUUUUAUGUCAGAAAGCAAUACGACUAUGCAGAACAUAAUGAAGAAAAACUUAAAGAAUAUGAAGUAAUUGAGUCUUGGCUUUAUAAAAAUAAAAAAUACAAAAAAUAUUUCAUUGGCCUUUGCGGCAUAUUACAGCAACGUUCUAUGUAUAUAAACGAAGCAGAGAGAUACUCUUUAAAAAGUUCUUGCAAUAAUGUCAUGACAGCUGAUUCUAGAUGUUGUGCAAUUUAUAUUAUGGAGAGACAACCAGACUUUGCCAACCAAAAAUCAGCACUCAAAGAAAUAGUUGAAGGCAGUGGACACAAAUUUGAACUGUAUCCAAAAUAUCACUGUGAAUGUAAUUGGAUCAAAAGAUACUGGGGAGCAGCCAAGAAAGAAGCACAACGUGAAUGUGAUUAUUCUUUUCAAUCAUUGAAUAGAAAAAUCAAUUCAUUUCUGGAUAGUGUUUGCCUACCAGAAGAUGAUGUCCCUGAAAAGAUUCGAAGAUACUUCCACAAAAGUUUUGCCUACAUUAAUGCCUACAGUCUUGGUCAUGAUACUGAACAUGCAUUUGAAAUCGUGAAACAAUUCUCAAAGCUUCACAAAUCUCAUUAUAAGCUGAGAUUAAAUCAAUAA